AUGGUGAACAUUACGGAGAAAAUCAAGGAGAUUGAGGAGGAGAUGAGGAGAACACAGAAAUAUCAUCUUGGUCUCUUAAAAGGAAAACUCGCCCGCUACCGCGCCCAGCUCCUCGAGCCCGGCCCCGGCGCAGGGGGCGGCGGUGGAGCCGGCUUCGAUGUCUCGAAAUCCGGUGACGCCCGAAUCGCACUUGUCGGCUUCCCAUCAGUAGGAAAAUCUACCUUCCUUUCCAAGAUCACCAAAACCAAGUCCGAAGUAGCAGCCUACUCUUUCACGACUCUCACCGCGAUCCCUGGUGUUCUCGAGUAUGGCGGCGCUGAGAUCCAGAUUCUGGAUUUGCCGGGUAUUAUCGAGGGGGCUGCGGAGGGGAAGGGAAGAGGCAGGCAGGUGAUUAGUGCGGCGAAGACGAGCGAUUUGAUCUUGAUGAUUUUGGAUGCUACAAAGAAGGCGGAGCAGAGGGCGUUGCUGGAGGCGGAGUUGGAGGCGGUGGGGAUUAGGUUGAAUAGGGAACCGCCGAAUAUCUACCUAAAGCAGAAAACUGCUGGAGGCGUGAAAGUCACGUUCCAAGUCCCGCCGAAGAAUAUCGAUCAGAAAAUGGUCUAUAAUAUCCUCCGGGAUUACAAGAUGCUGAACUGCGAAGUCCUGGUUCGAGACGAGAAUGUUACGGUCGACGACUUCAUCGACGUUAUCAUGAAAGAUCAUCGGAAAUACAUCAAGUGUCUCUACGUCUACAACAAGAUCGAUUCGGUAUCGCUCGACUUCCUGGAUAAGUUAGCACGGGAGCCAAAUACAUGUGUGAUGUCUUGCGAGUUGGAUCUGGGUAUUCAGGAUGUGGUGGAGCGGUGUUGGGAGGAACUGAGGUUAAUCAGGAUUUAUACGAAGAGGAAGGGGGUAGAUCCGGAUUUCGGCGAGGCCUUGAUUGUGAGGAAUAAAAGCACGAUUGAGGAUGUUUGUGAUCAGAUUCAUAGGACGUUGAAGGAUACGUUUAAGUAUGCGUUGGUUUGGGGUGCAAGUGCGAGGCAUGUGCCGCAGAGGGUGGGUUUGUCACAUAUGGUUGCUGACGAAGACGUCGUAUCAAUUGUCAGUAAUUGGAGGGCGUGA